UCCCGGGGGAGAGCAGAGGAGCCUUAAUAAAUCUAUAAGCCGAGGAGAGGAAACUCUGGCUGGAGCAGAACGCUGAGCUCCGGCUGCUGUGGGGGAACGGCGACCAGAACGGCAGGCGGCAGGAGCAGCACAGCAGGCAAAAUACAAUAGAGGAGACUACAGAAGAGAGCCCUUGGCCCUCUCUCGUAAACACACUCCCCUCCAUCGCUACCUUUCCCUGGGCACCGUGCUGCCUGGCGCUCGAGGCCGCUCGGACUGCUAUGUAACCGCGAGGCUGCAGGAGGAAGGGGACCGGGGAGAAGAGGUUCGCCCGUGGGAGCCUCAGGGGGCCAAGUUUGAAGCCACUUCUGCUCGCGCCUUCCCUUAGCCCCAGCCUGCCCCUUCCUGCAGCCCAGCUGCCCCAGGCGUCCUUCGCCUCCUCUUGUGCUCAGCAGCCGAGAUUGCCGGCGACUAUGGUGACCGUAGAGGAGCUGCGGGAGAUGGACUGCAGCGUGCUCAAAAGGCUGAUGAACCGGGAUGAGAACGGCGGUGGCGCAGCCGGCAGCGGCAGCCACGGCGCUCUGGGGCUGCUGAGCGGCAGCAAGUGCCUGCUGCUGGACUGCAGACCAUUCUUAGCGCACAGCGCUGGUUACAUCCGAGGCUCGGUCAACGUGCGCUGCAACACCAUCGUGCGGCGGCGGGCCAAGGGCUCGGUAAGCCUGGAGCAGAUCCUGCCCGCGGAGGAGGAGGUCCGCGCCCGCCUGCGCUCCGGCCUCUACUCCGCGGUCAUCGUCUACGACGAGCGCAGCCCGCGCGCCGAGAGCCUCCGCGAAGACAGCACGGUGUCUCUGGUGGUUCAGGCGCUGCGCCGCAACGCAGAGCGCACCGAUAUCUGCCUGCUCAAAGGUGGCUAUGAGAGGUUUUCCUCUGAGUAUCCGGAAUUCUGUUCCAAAACCAAGGCCCUGGCAGCCAUCCCACCUGCUGUGCCCCCCAGCGCGGUGGAGUCCUUGGACCUGGGCUGCAGCUCCUGUGCAACCCCGCUGCAUGACCAGGGGGGUCCUGUGGAGAUCCUUCCCUUCCUCUACCUCGGCAGCGCCUAUCACGCGGCCCGGAGAGACAUGCUGGAUGCCCUGGGGAUCACAGCCUUGUUGAACGUGUCCUCCGACUGCCCGAACCACUUUGAAGGACACUAUCAGUACAAGUGCAUCCCCGUGGAGGACAACCACAAGGCCGACAUCAGCUCCUGGUUCAUGGAGGCCAUCGAGUACAUUGAUGCGGUGAAGGAGUGCCGCGGGCGCGUGCUGGUGCACUGCCAGGCCGGCAUCUCCCGCUCAGCCACCAUCUGCCUGGCCUACCUGAUGAUGAAGAAGCGCGUGAGGCUGGAGGAGGCCUUCGAGUUCGUCAAGCAGCGGCGGAGCAUCAUCUCGCCCAACUUCAGCUUCAUGGGGCAGCUGCUGCAGUUCGAGUCACAGGUGCUGGCCACGUCCUGUGCGGUGGAGGCCGCCAGCCCAUCGGGCCCCCUGCGUGAGAGGGGCAAGGCCACCCCCACCCCCACGUCGCAAUUUGUCUUCAGCUUCCCGGUCUCCGUGGGGGUGCACCCGACCCCCAGCAGCCUGCCCUACCUGCACAGCCCCAUCACCACCUCCCCCAGCUGCUAGAGCCGGCUCUCUGUCCAGCCCGGGUGGCCCCUGUGUGGGCAGCAAGGCAGGACUGACCAGCAGGGGGUAGACAACAAAGCUCCUUCCAUCCAUCUCUCUUUGGCCAAACGUGGGGCCAGCUAGAUUGGCAAUAAGGACCUCGAAUACAUAUUUAAUGCCAACAGGCAAAACACUCCAACUUAGAGCAAUAACGGCUUCCUCGGCAGGCAGGGAAGACCUGGGUUUUGGUUUGUGUGUCAGUUUUACUUUUCAGAUAGGAAUUUCUUACCUCAUUUUUUUUUAAGCAGUAAGGCUUGAAGUUAUGAAACCCACAGAUCCUGGCAAAUGUGCCCACCCAGUUUUAUUAAGGGGGGAGGGGAGGGGAGGGAAGGGACAAGGCGAAGAUAAGUUUGCCAGAAGUGCCUGGUUCUGUGUGCUUGGUCCUUUUGUCGUAAUUACAGGAUUUUUUUUUUUUUUUAAAGAAGUCUUUUAGGACACGGUUUUCCUUUUUUAGUCACCAACUACAGAUGAAUAAUUAUACUUGGUAAUAAAUAAAGGUAUUUAUUAAGAAUUUCCUCAGUGUAUGUAAGUAAAAAAGUUCAGUGACAGUGAAUUUAGAAUAGAUGUACCUGGAUGCAGAUCAGCAGAACUCAGUGGCAGGCGGACGGCAAAGCUGUUAGGAAGUCAGUGGUGUGUACAGGUUAGUGUGAUGGUCAACGUGCAUUUGUUACCGCUGAGAAGCGGCAGGGUGAGGGGGUGGGAGGAAAAAAAGAAGGGAUUGCUUUUUCAUUACAGUCACCUUUCCCAAUCCGUGGAGGAUUGAUUCUAGCCCACCUGCCCUCCUUCUGCGGAAAUCUGUAGAUUCUGCACCCGCAGAAACCUGCGGAUACCACGUCCACUGAUUUGGAGAGUUACUGUACUUUUGAAGUUGGUUUUUCGGCGCAUGGACCACUGAUGCAACAGUACAGCUGCUUCUGGUGAUCAGUAACCCACUGUAGCUGUGGAAGCAUUUUUCUCUGCCUGAGAAUCUGCGUAUCCUCUGUGAUAAAUGCCAUAUCAUAUAAGGUGCUCCAAAAAAAUUGGGUGCAGUUCAGAUGUUCCUACAGUGAAUCGUUUGGCAAGGCCACUGGGGAACCUCACUCAUGAGAGGCCCGCAAUGGAUCCUUUUGGAAGUGGAAGCACCAUCUCUUUUCUCCUUUGCAUAAAUCGGAGUUUUUAAUUUUAGGGGGUUUGCUUGGAAUGAAAGUAUACCAACGAA